CUCGACGCGUACACGCAUACAAACAGCCUUCCUUCAACCCCUCAAACCGCAAGCAUGCUCACCGCCCUCAACUUCACCUCCGCGGUCGCGCCCACGAAACUCUCCGUGAUUUCCCAAUCGGCGUCCAAAAAAGCCGGCUUCCACGUCGUCGCGGGCACUGGCAAGGGCUUCGGGGCCCACAGGGUUUCCCACCCGAAGAAGGACUCGAGCAACCAUCUCCUCAACUACGAGAAGCUUGUUCCAGGAUACGCCGAUAUGAGCCGCCCCCAGAAGUACCGCGCCCGCAAGCACAUCAAGGAGAUCAUGAACAAGAGGCAAAACGACCGCGCUCAGGCUAUGGCCGUCAAGAACAGCUCCCAGGUCGCCAAGAAGGUCUACGCCCAGUUCCAGGCGUGUGUCGACGCGUGCGAGGGCCCCGAGUGCGUUCAGGAGUGCGAGGCUGAGUGGAACAUGUGAAAUUCGCCGCCGCGGCUUCUGUCUGUACCAGUUCGCGAGCCUCGACGCUCCGUGUCUGUCUCAUCAUCUGUUGUAUCGAGCUCCUCCUGGGGCUCAGAGAUUGUUUCAUCGAUGUACGAACGUAUCGAUAGUCUAGAUCUACCAGUGUGGGCCUAGUUCUACAUACUAACCUCACCAGAGCUGAAAA